AUGAACAACAAAAGCGUCGCGGAAGGAAACGGGUCCUCAUUGCCGGACUUACCGUACAUUGAUCGUCUGGAAGAAAAGUUGGCCAUCCUCAAAGCGAUCAGCGACACGGAGAUCCCCAGCGAAACACCCAAUGAACCGCCAAGGCGUAUUGACCAGACUGGAGUCAAGGAGAACGUCUGGGCUGCUUUCUUGGUUGAAACUGUGGAAGAACUCCAGCAGUUCCUUGAUUUCAAGACAGCAUCCUCCAAGCAGGCAACACCCUCUAAACCGGCAACGAGCAAGAGUGGCGUUGGCAGCGGCAUUCAAGGUCUGCUAGGCAAGGCGAAGAUUAAGACACGCAACCAGUUUUCCAUUGACCAGAUCAAAGAGAGGGAUGCAGGGAAGUGCACACUACUUCAUACCACCGUCACAGAGGCUGUCCACAUAUUUCCGGUGGUCCACACAGAGGUCGCAGCAGCAUGUAAAAACGCACUCUACGCGCUGGGAUUCAUCUGGGGCGGCAACACGUGCGACAAGUUCAAGGACGCACUAAGCAUCAAUGUCUUUGACAUCCCCAAGAAUAUGAUCACCCUUGACAAUGCACCCCGCCAUUUGUGGGAUACUGGGAAGAUCACUUUCUCCCCUGUUCUGUGUCUACCUCACAGGAUCGACCUAGCAGUUCGCGUCUUGGAGCCCUUGGACUGGGGCAAGAGGAAAGGAGCAGGGUCCGAGCUUCCCGAAGGCAUUGCGACGGAUCCCAGAACUAAGAUGAGAGGCUACAAGAACCUGGCCGACAGGAUUAUCGAGAAGCCAGCAGAACGGCCAGUCGAAGUGUGUUCCAUCUCUGCGGACACUCAGUAUCGGAUCAACGACGGGCACCGUUUUACCAUCGCCUCAGACGACUCCAAUAUGCUUCCAAGUGCAGAGCUCCUGAAACUAAGGGACCGCAUCAUGACCAUGAUGACGCUGAAGGGAGGAUGGGACAUUGAUGAAGAUGUGCUGUCGAGCUCCAGUGGCAGGGAUGAUGCCCCGAGGGUUAUGUUUGGAGAUGGAGAUGUUGAGAUUGAUCUGAAGGAUAAGGUACUGGAGUGGAGUGAGCGUGCCGGAGAAGAGCUUGCUCCGUUGACCAUUGACGAGGCGAACAAAAUGGCCUGGACCUCGUCGGUGAUGCAGCAGCCAGAGAAUAUGGGAGACGUCUUCCCUCCUGAGAGCCAGCCGGAAGAUCAAGGUGAGAGCCAGUUAAAGGAUUAG